AUGUCAUCAUCCAUUUGUCACAUGUUAAUAUCACUUCUUCUUUUUGUUUCUCUGCAACAUACCCUUGCAAUUAAACAGUCCUAUAUUGUAUAUUUAGGAUCACAUUCUUUCGGUUCAAAUCCUUCAUUACUUGACUCUAAAUCUGUCACAAACUCUCACUAUGAUUUACUUGGAUCUUUCCUUGGAAGUACUGAGAAGGCCAAAGAAGCAAUAUUUUACUCUUACAAUAAAUAUAUUAAUGGCUUUGCUGCAAUACUUGAUGAAGAUGAAGCAAAAGAGAUUGCAAAACAUCCAAAUGUUGUAUCAAUGUUUUUAAAUAAAAGAUAUGAACUACAUACGACCCGAUCGUGGAAUUUCCUUGGGUUAGAGACGGACGGUGGAUUUGCUAAUGACUCAGUAUGGAAAAAAUCAUUGGGUGAAGACAUCAUUAUUGGAAAUUUGGACACUGGUGUUUGGCCGGAAUCAAAGAGUUUUAGUGAUGAAGGGUUUGGGCCAAUUCCAAAGAAGUGGAAAGGAAUUUGUCAAGUUGCCAAAGGAAAUCCAGAUAAAUUUUAUUGCAACGGGAAACUCAUUGGAGCAAAAUAUUUUUAUGAAGGCUAUCAGGAACAUCCCGGACCGACGAAUGUAACCUUUAAUAGCGCACGCGACUUCGAUGGUCAUGGCACACAUACUUUAUCAACUGCUGGGGGUAAUUUUAUUGCUGGAGCCAAUGUUUUAGGGUUUGGAAAUGGAACAGCAAGUGGUGGAUCACCAAAAGCAAGAGUUGCAAGCUAUAAAAUCUGUUGGGAUGGAUGUGAUGAAGCUAAUAUUUUGGCUGGUUUUGAGGCUGCCAUAAGUGACGGUGUUGAUGUAAUUUCUGUGUCUUUGGGUGGAAUUUUUCCACAAUUUGGUUCAGGCAAUGCUAUUUCUGUUGGUUCCUUCCAUGCAAUUGCCAUAAGUGACGGUGUUGAUGUAUCCCUUUUAUGA